AUGGACAAUUUACCGGCGGGGUUUGACAAGGAUCUGUUAAAGGCGGCACUGGCAUCGCUACGCGAUGAGGACAGUAGCGGCAGCGGGGGCGGGGGAAUGGAGUUGACGGACGAUUUGGUCUCCCGCGUGGGGCAGCGCCUGCAGCACCUGCAGGCCCUCGCCGCCGCGCGGGCGCCGCCCAAGUCCCCUGCACUUGCGCCCAACUCCCCCGCAGUUGCGCCCAAUUCCCCCGCUGUAGCUGCGCGUGACGGUCAAGGGGGAAGUGUGUUGGGUUCCCCCGCCCCACAGGCGUUGGAGGCUCAAAGAGUGGAUCAAGGGGAGCAGGCGGAACAAGGCCGUAACGAGUUCGGCGCGGAUGGCGCAGGGGAUCAUAAUGCUGGAGACGCCGAACCAAUCGGGGACUCGCAGCGUGCUGUAGCGCAUACGGGGCCCGCUAUAGCGGACACUGGGCGGAAGGAUCAUGAGGGGGCGGAUGGUGAAGGGGGAGCGGGGACAGACGGGGCGAAAGACGCGCAGGGCGGAAGCUCGGAGGCGGGCGGAGCGGAACAGACAGGACAGGAGGGCGGGGAGGGAACAGCGCCCCUGGCCGCGGGAGACGCGAAUGGGGGCCUAGUCAAAAGGGCUGGGGAAGGUGAAGGGGAAGGGGCGGAGGGCGCGAUGGGCGGAAUUUCCAGUGCGCCAGUUGCGCAGACGAACACUGCUCCGGUAGCGGGAGCGGUGGCGCACGCGGAUGAGGAGAAGGCGGAGAAGAUUGUGUUGGCGGGAUACAGCAACGACCGCGACCAGCGAAGCAACGAUCACGAACAUCAACAUGCACAGGGGCACGCGCAAGGGCACGCGCAAGGGCACGCGCAAGGGCACGCGCAAGGGUACGCGCAAGGGCAUGCGCAAGGGCAUGCGCAUGGGCAAGCGCAUGGGCAAGGGCAAGAGCAGGGGCAAGGGCUAGGCGCGAGCCUCCAGCUGCCGUCCACCGCUGGCGCGCAGGAUAUAGCGCACGCUGCGGGGGAAAACAAUAGCCCCGCGCAGGCCGCAGGGGUGCAAGCGGGCGGAGAAGCGGCAACGGGACGCGGAACCGACUCUUUUGCAGAAGAGAGACCGGGGAACGGGGGGGCGGGCGGGGAAGGGUCGGAUGGGAUGGGCGGAGAAGGGGGGGACGGCGGAGAGGACGAGGAUUCGGAAGAGGGCGUGGAGAAGGAGGCGAGCCGCAUGCUGUCGUCGCAGUACCGCGGGGUGGUGCCGCAGCCCAACGGGCGGUGGGGCGCGCAGAUCUACGAGAAGCACAGCCGCGUGUGGCUCGGCACGUUCAACGGCGAGGAGGACGCGGCGCGCGCUUACGACCGCGCCGCGCUCAAGUUCCGAGGGAGGGAUGCGAUGACGAACUUUCGGCCGAUGCCCGAGUCGCACCCCGAGAUCUGCUUCAUCAUGUCGCAGCCCAAAGAGAAGGUGCGCUCCCUCACUCGCCGCUCCCGCUCCCACAUGCUCCGCCCCCCGCCUCCCUCCCUCCGGCCUCCUCCCCCCGCGCUCCUCCCCCCCACUUCCUCCCCUCUGCCUCUUCCCCCACCGCGCUUUUUCCGCCUUUCGACCUGCCUGUCAAAUGUUUCUGCCCUCGUCCCGCUCUGCGCCCUGCGCCAUGCGCCAUCUCUCUUCCCCCACGUCGUAUGCCGUCUGAUUCUUCCCCUUUCUCCUGCCCCCAUCCCCGCCACUCUCCCCCAUCCAAAUCCACGUCCCCGCGCGCAGCUGGUGGACAUGCUGCGCAAGCACACAUUCGAGAAUGGACUUACCGAGUCGACUCCAGAUUUAACAUGCACCCCCACUUUUUCCCCGCUUCCCCACUUCUCCUCCCCUCGCUGCGCGCAGCUGGUGGACAUGCUGCGCAAGCACACGUUCGAGGAAGAACUCGCCAACGCGAACCUUGCGGAAGCCGCCACGUCUCCGCCUGCGCAGCCCAACGCGCACGCGCUCGCGCUCCCCGCGCCUUCCACGCAGCAUGGGCAAGGGCAGGGCGCGCUGAUGCUGCCGACGCAGGGACAGGCGCAUCCCCACGACCCCCCUUACCCUGGACAUUCCCCGCUCUCGCUUCCGCCAUCCGCGCAUCUCCACCCCGCGUCCUCCGGUUUCCCCGCCGGUUCCUCCCCCUCUGCGCCGCUCGGCCCAGGUCGCCCCGCGCAAGACGGCGCGGGGACGCCCCUCCGCAUCGUUGGGAGCGCCGGCGCUCCCGCAGGCGCGGGAAUGGGUGGCGGGCGGGAACUGGGGUUCCCCGCUGCGGACGCGGCGCAGUCAGGCGGAGGGGGGUUCCAUGGGGGAGGGGGCGGAGCAGGGGGAGGAGCGGGACCAGGCGGGUAUGGCGGAGGGGCCGGCCAGGUGAUGGGGGCAGCCGGGGGAGGCGCAAUGGCAGGAUCGAUGGGGGGAGGCAUGGGCGGAGCGAUGGGCGGAGGCGGCGGGGGCGGGGGUGGCGGGGGUGGCGUGAGCAUGGCGGGGAAGGAGCAUCUGUUUGAGAAGGCGGUGACGCCGAGCGACGUGGGGAAGCUGAACCGGCUGGUGAUUCCCAAGCAGCACGCGGAGCGCUGCUUCCCGCUCGACCCCAACCUGCCCACGCCCGCCAUGACUCUCUCGUUUGAGGAUGAAGCUGGGAAACACUGGCGCUUCCGCUGGGAAACUCUGGCGCUUCCGGUGAGAUCCGCGCCCACUUGCAUAGCGACAGUUUUAGCCGUAGCCGUAGCCUUCCUGCUCGACCCCGACCUGCCCACGCCCGCCAUGAUGCUCUCCUUCGAGUACGAAGCUGGCAAACUCUGGCGCUUCCGGUCCUCGUAUUGGAACAGCAGUCAGAGCUACGUGCUGACCAAGGGGUAUUCGUACUGGAACAGCAGUCAGAGCUACGUGUUGACCAAGGGGUGGAGCCGCUUCGUCAAGGAGAAGCUUCUAGUCCCGGGGGACAUCGUCUACUUCCACAGGGGCACCUUUUCAGGCGCCUCAACACUCCCGCCACACCCCCAUCCCCCUCUCGCCCACGCAGGGGGCGGGGCGGAGCAGGGGAAGCUGGGCGCGAGCAAUCUCGCGGCGCUGGCUGCAGCGAAGCUUCCUGCGUCGCUGCUGGCACAGCUGGGCCCGUCGGGCGUGGCGCAGCUGGCGUCACUGCUGACGUCAGUGUCAGGUCAGGGUGGGCUGACCCCUGCCGUGCUGCUCUCUCAUAUCCAGCAAAUUCAACGUCAGAAGCAGCAACAGCAGCAGCAGCAGCAACAGGCGCCGUUGCAGCACCAAGAGCAGAAAGAGGAGGAACUGGAGGAGGAAGAGGAGGACGAGGAAGACCACUUGCAGCAGCAGGGGCAUGGGCAGGGAGGGGGUGCGAUGGAGGGCGAGGGGGCAGUGAGCGAGAUAGUCCCUGGGGUGGUGAAGGGUUCAGUACAGGAGCAGCUGGUGAAUGCCGCAGUGGCUAAGGGGCUGGCUGCGGGGCUGUCGAGGGACCAGAUCGUGUCGUCCAUUGCCGCCCUGCUCGCGCAGCAGCAGGCCAUGCGCAACUCCUCCUCCGCUACAGACAAAGCCGGUGAUGCGCACGGCGGGGCGGCGCCGCAUGGAGACGGCGGCGCGGGGGGAAUGAGUGCGCCGUCUUUGCUGGUAGCGCCUGGGGCAGCGGGGGCGGGAGGGGCAACAGGUCCAGGGGGAGGAAUGGGGGGAAUGGGGGGGAUGGGGGGCAUGAAUACAGAUGGUCACGAGCCAGAGGGAGCAUGGGAGCAGGGCGGUCCGCCCCAGGCUCCCCCUUCUCUCCACCCGCCCCUCUUCCACAUGCCACAGUCGCUACCUCCCCUGGGUGGCACUCGGCCAGGGGGGUACGGAGGGGCGGGGGGCCUGGCGGGGAGGAAGCGGGCAGCGCCGGAGGACUCAGCAGAGCCGUCGGGGAGUCGGGGGGACGUGGGGGACGGGGGCGCGGACGAUGGCGCGUCCAUGGCGUCUGGCAUGGGCGGGGGGAAGCGCUUGGCGUCCCUUGCUGCUGCUGGCAGUGCGGCUGCUGGUGAGGGUGGCGGGGGGAGUUUCGGGGGAGGUGGUGGAGGGUUAGGUGGGUUGAUGGGUGCGCGGAUGAGUGGGCUUGGUGACGCUGGUAGGGAGGCUUCUGGCGGCUCUCCCUUUUACCAGCACCAGCAGCAACACAACCAGCAGCAGAACCAACAGAUGCCACAGAUGCAGCAGCAGUCACGGGGAGGGUUCAUGGGAGCAGCAGGUGGUGUGGCAGGCGGAGCAGGGACAGGAGGCGGCGGAGGUGGUGGUGGUGGUGGUGGUGGGGGCAGAGGGGGCUCCCCCCCCUCCAGCCUGGGCCCUGAGCGCUCAGGCAACUCCUCCCCUGGUGCUGCAGGCGCGGGCAUGAUGGGGGGCGCGGGGGAUGGCGCAGGGGGAGGCGGAGGUGGAUUGGGGGGGCUGUCAGGGUCAGCAGACGCAGCAGGCUUGGGAGCAGGGAGCAUGGCGGAUAACGCAGGGGGAGCGGGCGCGAGGGGCGGGGCAUUAGGGGGAGGGGGAGGGGGAGGGGGAGGGGGAGGGGGAGGAGGAGGAGGCGGAGGCGCGGGGGGAGAGGAGAGCUUGAGAGUGAAGUGCUUUGUGGAAGGGUCACCGUUUGGUGUGUCGGUGGAUUUGAGUCGGUUCCAGUCGACGCAGGAGCUGAGGGAGGCGCUGCUGUCAGUCACAGAGGGGUCGUCUGUGGUGUACCAGGACCGUGAGGGGGAUAUGAUUCUGCUGGGUGACGAGUCAUGGGAGUUCUUUCUCAAGUCGGUGCGACGCAUGUACAUCCGCCGGUGA